AGCAAUAAACAAUUAAUUGAAGGUACACAAGAUAUUCGAGAACUUUUGAAAACAAACGAGGAUUUAACAGCUCAAGUAAAAGAAUUAAUGAAAGAAAAUUCGAAACAACAAAUAGCUCUUGGUAAUUUAACAAAAGUAUCUUGGAAUGAUAAUGAGUCACAAAAUUCAAAAAAAUUAAUUGGUAAUUCAACAAUUCUUGAAGAUGAGUUACAAGGUACUCGAGAUACUCAAGAACUUUCGAAAAGAGAAAACGAGAAUUUAAAAGCUCAAGUAAUAGAAUUAAUAAAAGAAAAUUCGAAACAACAGGCAGCUCUUGAUAAUUUGACAAAUGCAUUUUGGAAUGAUGAUGAGUUACAUAAUUCAAAAAAAUUAAUUCAAUACAUUACAGAUUUACAAGAUAUGCUCACAGAUUUCACAAUGGUUCAAGGAAGUGAUUAUAAGAUAAUUAACAAUGAAGCAAAUGCUCUUUUAAGAGCUUUUAGAUGCGAAGUAAAUUGUCCUAGUUUGCGAGCAAGCCUUGUUUUAGGAUUUUUACUCCAGAGGGUUAUAAUUGUCAAAAUUUUAGUAGAAGUUGAAAAAUAUUUAAAUGGCAUGCUUGAAGGAAGUCGAGGGACGGCUCUUGAGAGAGAUAUUGUAAAUACCACCGAAACCUUAAUUAAUCAGACAAUAUUACUUGAAAAAAAUCGGAAGGGAGAAGACGAUAUCACUAAGAUUACGCCAAUCAAAAUUCGGCAGCAUGUUUACUCAGCUCUUAGUUGUCGUGGUUUUCCAAGUGAUCACUCUUUAAUCACAACCACAGCAAGUAAAUUGUUACAUAAGAUAAAUCGAUUUAGAAAAAUUGUAGAUGAAGAAACUAAAAAUGAAAUGGAUGAUUUGGCUAUUCAAAUAACUCAUAAAGUUAUUAAUAUUUUUUUUUUUAGUUUUAAAACACAAGCUUCUGUACCAACUUAUAAAUUUUUCGAUGCUGGUCAAGCCUUGGAACCGCAUCUCAUGCAAGGAGCUUUUGGAAAUGAUGAUUCUGAAAAAUCGGAAGUGGAAGUUUGCGGAUUUCCUUGCAUCGGCAUAUUUACCGGUGAUGAAUUGAGUGAUAAAAUUUUUAUAAAAGCGCAAAUUAUUCCAAGAUCGAAGCGUUUAUAAAUUAUCGUCAUAAGUAAAAUUUUCGAUAACCAUAAUUGCAAUCAAAGGGGGUUAUGGAAUGAACCUGAAACAGAAGUAGUAAUAUUUAUUUUAUAUAUAUGAAAUAAA